AUGUACGGCAACGGAACUAAAUAUGAGACAGCGUCACAGAAUUCAACAACCAAGACUUUACUCAUUAUAGCUUAUUCAGUCAUUAUCAUAAUUUCACUUUUUGGGAAUAUUGUGGUUUGCCACGUUGUGAUAAAGAACAAGAAGAUGCAUUCUGUCACAAGUUUGUUUAUUAUAAAUUUGGCGGUUGCUGAUUUAAUGAUUACUCUACUCAACACUCCUUUUACUCUGGCCAGAUUUGUAAACAGCACCUGGGUCUUUGGGAAGACCAUGUGCCAUGUCAGCCGAUUCGCACAGUACUGCUCUGUUCAUGUGUCAGUGCUGACCCUAGUGGCCAUUGCCCUAGACAGACAUCAAGUAGUCAUGCAUCCGAUGAGGCAGCGGAAAUCAAUGUUUUGUGGCAUGAUUGGUAUAGUUGUGAUUUGGGUGACGGCCUCGUGUUUCUCUCUACCUCAUGCCAUUUAUCAGAAGCUGCUGCGGUUUGACUUUGGAAAGGUUUGAAUGGUGUGUCUGCCCAGCUUUCCACAGCCAUCAGAUGUGUUUUGGAAGUACUUGGACCUGGCCACGUUUUUCCUCCUCUACUUGUUGCCACUUUCUAUCAACUCCAUAGCUUACAUUAUCGUUGCUAAGAAGCUAUGGAUGCGUAAUGCUAUAGGGGAUGUGACUCUGGCGCAAUAUGUCGCCCACAGACAAAGGACGAAGAUGACUCUGAAGAUGCUGAUGUUGGUGGUGGCUGUUUUUGCUAUUUGCUGGUUCCCUUUAAACUGUUAUGUGAUUUUGGUGUCCAGCCAGGCCAUUAACACUAACAAUGCUAUCUACUUCACCUUCCAUUGGUUUGCCAUGAGUAUCACCUGUUACAAUCCUUUUAUCUACUGCUGGCUGAACGGAAGCUUCAGGACUGAGCUCAAGUCCCUGCCUUUCAUUUGGCGUUCCAAGAGGGCAGUACAUCCAUGCUGAGGUUGUCAUCUCUAUAACUACAUAGAUUAUGUAUAAAGAUAUAGAGGUUAACGCAGAGGUUAAUAACAUCUUUCCAUAAGAUUCUGUGAAGGUCGCACCUAUCUCCAUUCGGUUGAUGUAAUUUAUAAUUAGAUCUAGGUCGACCUAUAAUAUGAAAUAUUAGAGAAUAACGGAAGUCUAUUUCUUUAAGGGGAGGUAAAAAAAUAUAUAAAAUGGUGAAGUAGUUUGUAAAAUAUUUUGUAAAUAAUCGGGAAAGAGAAUAUUAGUGAAACACUUGUAUGGAUACCAUAAUGGUAAAUAAAACUAAUGUGAUUUUGCAUGUU